AUGGAUGCCUUAGUGAAUUCAUUUGGUGACCUCGGGAUACCCGUCACCAUCCUGACAAUCUUGAGUGGAGCCGCUCUGGUCAUAGCCAUUAUAUCCGUUCGCUAUUAUGCCUUUCGACGCCGUCUACCUCCAGGACCUCCAGGGCUUCCACUGAUAGGUAAUUUGUUAGAGUUGCCCAAGAGCCAUCCAUGGCUCACGCAGACGGAACAACACAAAAAGUACGGUCCUAUCUUCAGUAUGCAGUAUGGCCUGUCCACGGUGAUCUACUUAGGCACAUACGAGCUGGCGCGAGAGCUAUUGGAAAAGCGCAGCAACAUUUACAGCUCGCGGCCGACUUUCACCAUGAUUAACGAGUGCAUCAGUCAGGGCAACCGGUCAUUGACCCUGCCAUACGGCGAAAAAUGGCGGAACUAUCGGAGGCUCCAGGGAUCAUUCCUGGCGCCGCGCAUGUCCAACGUGUACCGGCCACUACAGGACCUGGAGAGCAAGCAGCUUGUCAGCGAGUUCCUUACGCAUGACGACUUCUUCAAGCGCUACCACCGCUACUCCUCUAGUCUAACCUUCGCCCUGGCAUACGGUAAACGCAUGCCAACAGGACAGGAAGAGGAGGUCAAGGGCGUCGAGCGCAUAAUGGACAACCUCAACAACGUAUUCAUCACCAACUGGGUCGUCGACUCGCUGCCGUUCCUUAACAAGUUGCCUGCCUUCUUUAAGCCAUGGCAGAAGAUAGCCAACCAGCUAGGAGACGUGGAGCGCAACUUCUUCAACAUGAUUCGCAACGGUGCCUCCAUGCGACCGGGUUAUAACUGGUGCAAGGACAUCCUAACAAUGAAGGACCACCGCUCUCUUACAGACACUGAGCUAUCGUACGUAAUUGGUAAUACGUACGAGGCCGGCGCCGACACUACAACAAUGACGCUGCAGGUUUUCACGCUAGCUGCCGUACUGCACCCGGACAAGGUGCGUAUUCUGCAGGCAGAAGUUGACCAAGUUGUUGGGCGUGAUCGACUGCCGACGUUCGAGGAUACCGAGAAGAUGCCGUACCUGGCGGCGUUCGUGAAGGAAGUGCACCGCUGGCGACCGGUGUUGCCCGGGGGUGUACCUCACGCUGUCACGGCCGACGAUGAGUUCAUGGGCUACCACAUCCCGAAGGGUGCCACCAUCGUUUCGGGUCAUUGGGCUAUCUCAAUGGACGAAGAAAUGUAUCCGAACCCCGAUGAGUUCAGGCCGGAGCGCUUCCUGGAGAACCCAGAUCUCCCGCAUAGUCAGUUCGGUUUCGGCCGGCGCAAGUGCAUUGGGCAAUAUAUCGCCAACAACUCAAUGAUGAUCAAUGUGUCUCGGAUGCUGUGGGCCUAUGACAUCCGGAAGGGCUGGGAGGUUGUCAAUGGCAAGAAAGUUGAGGCCCACGUCGGUCGGCUUGAUUUCUUUUCUGGCUUCAAUUCCCCACCGCUCCCAUUUAAAGCAGCAUUCAUUCCUAGAGACUCCAAGGUGUCGGAGAUUCUGCGUACGGAGUUUUCUGAGGCCGAGCGCAGUACCGAGGAGAUUUUGGAGGAGAUUUUGCAGGCACAGCGCGUGAUGAAGGAGGGAAACUAA